AAUUCGAUCAGUGAUUUAAAGAAUAGGAGGGCGUGUUUGGGAGCGUAUAAUUCAGAUUCCGGAUGGAAUAUUCCGGUCGGUCUACUGCUGGCGACCGACACUUUGGUUCCCGAUUGUCGCGGAGAAAUUCAGUCAGUGUCUCAGUUCUUUGGUGCGAGUUGUGCUGCCGGCCAGUGGUCUAACGAUUCCUAUUUGGAUCAUGAAUUAAGUACUCAUUAA